AUGGACUCUAAGUCCCGGCUAAGUGACAUAGCAUUACUGGAUGACUAUCUCUCGGAUCCCGACCUGAAGCCGAAUAUUCCCUGGGGCUUUAAUAUCUACCGCAGUGACUACAGCAAUGACAAGGCAUGGCAGCGCAUGCUGCACUUUAUUGAUGAAACUGUCCGCAACGGGCUGGAGGUCAACGACGCGAUGGACCUGUAUCCGCGGUACAAGCCAGUUCUAGUAGACAACAAGGAGACCUUAGAAGGAGCAACCUCACAUGACAUCCGCGAUCAUUUUAUUGCUUGGGUAGCUGAGGAAUUGCCCCAGGUAGUAUCACAACCAAAUGAGUUCUUCGCACGCGAAGAAUUCAACUCGAUCGGCCUUCGUCGAGAAUGGACUUUGGGUACGCGAUAUAACUUUUGUCUUUUUGUGGAUGAUAUUUGCAUUGAGUCAUUGGAUGAGAUGAGGUAUCCUAUGGUGAAGUUGCUCUGGGGACAAUGGGGACCCCUGAAGCCCCAUGAACGAAACUAUGCUAUACAUCCAGAAUAUGAGGAUGGUGAGACGGAUGAGGAUGAUGAGGAUGUUGGCUGGACGUACAUGAGUGUGGAUGACUAUAUGCGGUAUUACAACCAUCUGAAUGAGUACGACUGGUGGUAUAACUUCUACGCGCGGCCGCCCUACAUGGUCGAGCAGUAUGGGAAAAUUCCAGGAUCAUGGAGGAAGGGCUAA